GAGUAUCGGUUAACAUACGUGUCAUCGACUAAUUUCCUAUUGCAAGGACCUAUUUAAUCGAAGCAUGAAUGAAUUAGACGGGAGUGAUAAUGAAAGUGACUCAAAUAGCAAUAGUCUGGAUAUAUACAAAUACAGAAAACGAAAAGACCGAAACGAGCUCUUCAAAGAACCUGAUGGAGAUACCUACAAUGUUCAAAACGAAACUAUUGAGGACGAUAUGGCGGACAAGCCAAAGAUCUAUGCAAUACUGCAAGAGAAUCGAACGGAGUUUACCAACUGCAACUUAAGAUAUUUCAUGCUGAUAUACACCAAUAACAUCUGGAAUUUUGUGAUACUUUCCGUAGUGAUUACCGCUUACAUCUUAGAAUCGUGGCUCUAUACCUUCUGUUUGUCCAAAGAUAGAACCAAAGGCAUUAUAACUCUUAUAAUUUGUUUGAAUUUAAUAUUUACAUUUGAUGUCGUCAUUAUAUUUUGUUUAAAAUUCAUAAAGAGAUGGAGACGAACACUGAACCUAGUCGAGCCUGAAACUUGUCUAGUGAUUUUAGAUGUCAUGCUUGCUAUGCCUUACGGAAUAUUAUAUUUUUUUGACUUACGCGUUUAUGAAUUUGAUUUAUGUUUUCUUGCGCCUUUGGUAGCUGGAAUACGUGUCUACAGGGUUAUUAUGUACUUUUAUAACAAGUCUUCACAAGCUGGUCGCAAUCAAUGGACAACAUUUUUAUUUCAAUACCUAAUCCUUUUUUUGCUGGGCGUUCAUACUUUAACAUGCAUAUGGUUCCAGUUUGCUUAUAGAGGGUUCGAACUAAAGAAUCUCCGUUCUUCGUGGUCUGCUGGAGCGAUACAUUUGCCAACUGCAUCUGUGACUGAUUGGUACUGUGUCUGUGCGUAUUGGUCUAUCAUGAUGUUGACAACAAAUUCAUUCGGCGAUUUGUAUCCCAUUACGACGGCCGAGAGAAUAAUUGCAAUUUUGGCAAUUGUGAUAGGCUUUUUACUUACUACGAUCGUUUUUGUGGGUUCCCUUACUUCGCAAUUUCUGACAAUUACUACGAGACGUUCUAAAUAUGUUCGACAACUAAAGAAGAUCCAAAAUCACUUAAAAUUGAUACGUAUGAAUGAUGAUACCACAAAACGAAUAAUAAGAUAUUACGAAGACUUGUGGUACCAAAAAUCAGGUGUUUUUAAACCAAAACUCAUGAACCUAUUACCCUACCCUUUGCGAAUGGAAAUUUGCUAUGAUCUGAACGCAGUGCCACUGUACAGUUCAUUAAUAUUUAGAAAGUUACCAGAGCCAUUUCUUAGAAGAUUAUCUUUGGCUAUGUCUCACCAAUUUUAUUUGCCCGGGGAUAUAGUAUACAACCAAAACCAAACAAAGACGCUUAUGAUUUGCAUCACCAAUGGAGUUUUAGAACUAUUGUCUGACGAAGAUGAUGAAAGCCCAAUGAUAUCUUUUACGAAAGGCACAUGCUUGGGCGAAGUAUCGUUGGUUUAUAACAUACCAGCUAAAUGUACAGUCAAAGCCGCUACUUAUGUGGAAUGUCAAGUUCUUCACAAAAAAGACUUCAUAAAACUGAUGAUUACUUACCCGGAUUUGGAAGACAAAAUUCGAUUACAAAUUGAAGAGAGAGUUAAGCGUUGCCAGCGCAGGAAGCAAACAAGAAACAAUGAAAAACAAUUGUCACUCAAUAUUUACAUUUCUAAACAUAUCAAGAAAAGCAGCAUUAAAUGUUUGAAGGACAAAUUGAGAUCUAUCCAAGGUAAAAUGGUUAAAAGCGACAACGUUGACGAUAACUUAGACCUGAAUUGUCUGGAUCUUUACAUUUUAUCAGAGCACGUAAAGAAGAAGACCACCAUGUUUACUUGUAUGAGCGGUAAAUUUCCGUGGAUACUGGAAGCUGAUUGUCAUCUCGUUAGAUUUUGGGAGCUCUAUAUACUUUCCUUAGUAUCAUACAUCUGUAUCGUAUAUCCAUAUUACAUCGGUUUUAUGAGAACUUUUCCUGGAGGGAUCCUGUAUUACUUUGAAAUCGUGAUAAGCAUAUCUCUGCUAUUUAACAUCGUCAUAACAUGUGCUACUGCAGUUAAGACUAAAAAGAAAUAUAUAAGGAAGAUUCGUGGUAUAGUCUCAUACCGAUUAAAUACGCUGGGCUUUUACCUAGAUUUGUUAGCAAACAUACCAUUGGAAUAUAUUCUUUGGAUACACACAUAUACAAUGCACCGAAGCGACCACAGAAACCAUUUGUACUAUAUGAGUAAAGGAAUAAAGUUAUGCCUUGUUUGGAGAAUUUCUAGUUUUUUUGAAAACUUGGAGAAAAAGUUGUUAUUAAAUACUAUUGUUGUUAAAGUUGUGAAAUAUUGUGUGUAUAUUUGUUUGCUAUGUUACUGGUGUGGUGUUAUUUUAUUUAUGGAGUCGUGUUUUGUGCCAAGAUGUUCAGAAGGUUCAUGGUUCAGCACCGUAUUAAAUUGGGAGGAUUUGGUACCAGAAGUUACCAUAAGCAGGAAAGAGUUUCCGUUAGUGGCAUCUAUUUAUUUUGCGACCACCAUGAUACUUGCGGUUGGCUACGGAGACUUAGCUCCGGGAGACAUGUACGACAUGAGCUUCGUGGCAUUUUUCAGUCUUUACGGUGUAUUGUUAAUCGGAUACUGUGUGGCUGAAUUUUCAGCCGUAGUUACACAUUCGUCCAGGACUAAAACUGCAUUUUUAGAAGUAAUACUAACGAUCGACAAAUUUAUGGAAGAAAACAAAAUGCAUCGAUCUAUCAAAGAAAGAAUCAUGGCAUUCUAUGAACUGCAAUGGCACUACAAUUUGGGGGUGGAGCUAACGAGCGACAAUUGGUUAGAAAAGACUGUAGUUCCCGCGGAGCUACGCAAGAAAGUAUUGCAUCAAGCGCGAUUCAAAACGCUUACGUCCAUCAAAUUCUUUCAAGUCAAGAAUAAGGAAUUUAUUCAUACUCUGACUGAAUCGGCAAGAGAUAUAAUUCUUCCUCCUGGCGAGAUAGUUUACUACGGUGGUACUGUUUCAAGGGAGCUUUACGUUAUAGAAAGUGGGUACUGCUUAUUAACUUCCAAAGAACUUAGAGAAACAAAGAAAGAACGGGUUAUCGGACCUGGUAAUCAUCUAGGCCUCUUAGUUUUGCUCUACGGGGUGCCUGCUGUGAGCUCGGUCGUAACUCUGACACAUUGUAAGUUAAUAAGCAUUGGACAUUCAGCGUAUACUUCAGCCCUAAGCCUUUUUCCAGCUAUGAGAGAACAUGAUGACCUGCUGACACCGAAUGAACUGCAGUAUAUAGAAGAACUAGCUGCAUCUCAAACUACUGAUGACUAUUUAAAACAUCACAUACACAAUACAGAUAAAAAAAUCAAGAUAACCAGCAUGUUUCAGAAUUUUUUUGACGAGUCAUUUAUAAAUGUUUACAACCAUUAUACGAAUAAGAAGCAGAGUUACUUUAAGUCAUACAAACAAUUUAAGACUCUGGAAUACGUUGCUCCUUAUUUACUGAUUCCUAUAGUUAUAAAACCGGACGGCAUUUUCCUCAAAACUUGGGCUAUGCUACGUGUGGCAGCAGCAUUUCUGUUAUGUUUAAUGAUACCAAUAACGGUUUCAAUGGCUCCAAUGUUCACAAUGUUUAACAUUCCAAUAUUAGUGUUGGAAGUUUUUUGCUACAUCGACCUGUACUUGAUGUUCCAUGUCGCUUACUACGGCUCUAAAAACCAACUGAUUAUUCAUCCGUAUUUAACUGCUAAAAACUAUUUAAAGAGGGCAUUUAUUAUAGAUUUUUUGACCUGCUGGCCGUGGUAUGCACUCUGGGAAGGAUUUAUGCCUAAACACAAUGAAGGUCAUACCGCCGGUGAACAUUACAGAAGCCCUCACAUGUAUCACUGUUUACUAAAAAUGAUCAACGUAUUGCAAAUUUAUAAAUUGUACGCUGUUUUCUGGACUGAAUCAAUAGGAGCAUUGAAACGGGCUUACGUCAUGAGUGUAGUACAAUUCAUUCUAUUAAUGUUGUUCUUUUUAAACUUAUACACCUCAUUAAUAAUAAUGAUGUCCUGUCGUUUUGUCAUAGCUUCGAAUGCUCAUGACUUUUCAGUUAUAUUAAAAAAUCUGACGCUGAAAGGGCCACUCUUAGAUACCGUAUUCUACCCGGGAGGAAACAUGAUAUGUAAAAAAGGGUCUUGGAUAGAUAAUGCGAGAGAUAUUGUAAUCUCAGAUCACAUAUCGCCCAAAACAGCGAUUUUACUGGGCUAUUACUGGACUGCUUCGACUUUCAGUGGGGCCGGUUUUGGAGACAUCACGCCCCAGGACACUACCAACAUGAUCAUGUCCAUAUGCAUAUCAAUACACGGUGUUUUGUUCUUUGGAUACGUUUACGCACGGAUUGCGUCUCUAAAAGCCAUGGCGGACCAGAUGGUAACAAAGUUUCAAGAAAACUUAAAACAAUUAGAAUUUUUCUUAACGAGAGAAAAAGUACCCACGGUAUUAAAACAAAAUGUGAUGGAGCACUGGAAAUAUCAAUGGAAACGAACUGGCGGUUGGUCCCACCAGACCAUUCUGGGAAAACUGCAUGCCAACCUGAACGAAGACGCAGUAUUAUACAUGUAUGAAAAGACACUGCAAGAGAUACCUCUCUUUGAAGGUGUUGAAUAUUCAUUUUUUAGAGCGUUUGCGAAGAAAUUGAGUGAGCUGUAUUUUCAGAAGAGAUAUAUGGUUAUACGGGCCAACGAAGUGAUUAGCCACAUGUACAUAAUUUAUAGAGGAAAGGUGGACAUUAUAUCAGAACAUAAUGAAGUGGAGGCCUGUAUGGGACCUGGUGGGAUCUUCGGCAAUAUACGAGGGGCCUCUAUGUAUCUAACUAUGUCCAAUGUUGUCGCCUCAAGAAAUAUUGAUUUGCUACGCAUUGAUGGCGUAGAGUUCUAUGCCCUUUUAAAGAGUUAUCCAUCAGUGUUGCAAAAAGUAAAGAAUUCAGUUGACAACGCGCCGAAAGAUUACGUUUUGCCUUCAAUGGUGACAGUAAAAUCCAGCUUACAUGUUCACAGGCCGAGUACAAUGCCAGAUAGUUCUGACGAAGAGGACCAUGACGAUCUCGACGUGUUUAUGGAAAGCCCGCAGAGAAGCAUAGCCGAAUCGCAUGGAUCACGAUCUAUCACUUCGGCGGGGAAUGUGGAAUAUGUAUCAGCUAUCUUUUUACUGUUUAAACCCCACAGAUGGUUUCGAAGUAGCGUCAUACCGGACUGCAAAUGGAUACAAUUCAUGGAGUAUUUCAUCAGUUUCUUGUCUUACAUAGAUUUCAUGACUCUAGUUUAUCAAUUGGCAUUCCAAUCAGUGCCAUAUUUUUACCAUAUUUGUAUUAUAACAGACGUAAUUUUUUUGUACAAACUGUUCUUGGACAUACACACUGGUUACAUGAACCGGUAUGGAGAAUAUGUAUUAAACCCAAAGAGAGUAAGACAACUGUUCUUCUCGAGAAGAUUUCAAAGAAGACGCGAUUUUUUGGCUAACUUGCCUAUAUCAUACGUUGUUUUUGCGAUAAAUUAUUUGAAUUGCGGAAUAAAAAUGAUUUUCUUCUCCUAUCUGCGAACGCCUCAACUCUCGAGGAUAUCAUAUUUAUUUACUAACAGAACCCACAGGAAAGUAAACAUAGGCUCGGCAAAUCUCUUUAUUAAGCUAGCGGCGAUUGGUACUUGGGCAUCGAUUUUGUCGCAUAUAAACGCAUGUUUGUUCUUCAAGCUGUCAUGCCUGACCCCUCUACAAUGUACAUCGUCUAACUGGAUGGCUAAGCCAGAACUCAAUUUACGACCUAAAUACUACCAGAAGGACUAUUUUUCGUUAUACAUAGCAUCGCUAUGGUAUAUGAUAAAUUUACUAACUAUCGCCGGAACUGGUGACGUGUCUUCUCGUAAUGCGUUUGAAAUGGUUGAAACAAUCGUUAUCAUUGUUAUUAUUAAGUUCUGUACAGGCCUUCUAAUAUCAGAAAUGUCAGCUAUGAUAUCAGCUCAUUCGUCAUCUCGAAUCGACUACGAUUACGGCAUAAACGAACUUCGAGACGGUUUGCGCGACAUGGACCUGAGUGACCAUCAGAUGAACAAGAUGUGGGACUAUGUUAGAGAGCUUUGGAAUAGGCAGCAGGGCAGGCAGAUGCCCGAACUAGUUUACGAGCUGCCUUUUCGCCUUCGCUGCCAAGUCAUGCAAGCGGUAUACGGCUCACACAUCAGAGAAUCGGUUAUAUUUAGUAGAACCGAUGCUGAUUUUAGGAGGAUGCUAGCUAUGUGGAUAAACCACUGCGUGUUCUUCCCCGGAAACUAUAUAGUGCAGUGUGGUGAUUCCGACCAAUGCAUUUACUUCAUACAUCGAGGAGAGGUGGAGGUUUUGACUGUGCAUCCGAAUUUGACCGAGUCUAUUUAUGACAUUUUAGGACCUGAAGAUUGUUUUGGUUUAGCCCAAGGUCUUUUCGUUGGCGUGUCACACCACUUCUCAUUCCGCGCAAGAACCGUUGUCGAUAUUGUAUACCUCAAGUUAGAACAAUGGAAAUAUUUGUUGGAUUUCUAUCCAAAAUCUGCUAAAAUGGUUCAAAAGAAAGUUCAAAAUGUAUAUUUAGCGAUAUGAGCUAAGAAUAUGUAGGAAAUUAUUCUAUUAGUAAUUUAGAAAUAUAGAUAUACGUAAAUUGCUAAA